AGCCAUGCUCCAUGAAGAAGCCACCUCACAACCGCCCGGAGAAGACCUCGCCUGCCAGUGCUACAGCCCUUACUACAAAUGGAUGAACGUCUCCCAGGUCUGUGGCCGUUGGCGCCAAAUCGCGCUGGACUGCACCUCGCUCUGGACCUGGCUCGCUUUGGACCUACGCGCAAGCUGGUUUUUUCCCAAGAUGGUCAUUGAACGCUCACGAAGCUUCCCAUUGGACAUCAUGAUCGAUAUCACCGACCCGUAUACCCAUUGCUCUCCGUGUGUAGAUUCUCUGGAUGCCCACAUCGGGAGGGAGAGUCGCGUCCUGGGCCUGCUAGCGGAGCUGGUCCCUCGCAUCCGAGAGCUCGUCGUUUUCAUAGAAAAGGAGGAGCCCGAAGAAACGUGGGAGAGUUUUUCCAAGCCCGCAGACCUUCUCGAGGACCUGCGGCUCGAGGCGUACGGCAGCCUCCGAUUUUCGAGGGAAUCCAUCCUUACGGCAAGUACAGUCCUGCCGACUGCGUUGUUCGCCGCCAGAACCCCUCGCCUACGCUCUCUCGCAGUUGUCGGGUUCAACUUUGGGUUGAAAAACUCCCUCUUGCAUCCUGGACUACGCCACCUGGAGGUCACUUCGUGCCUGUGUGGAACACCCCUCGAGCGGUCCAAUCUAGGGAACUUCCUGCUCGCGUUGCGUGGACUGCCCUAUCUGGAGACCCUCAAGGUGGACUGGUCUAUGAAGGCUGACGAAGAAGACUCCUUUGACCCUGUCGAAAUGCAUCGACUUAGGCUGUUGCACAUUUCCGCCGACCCCAUCCCCUCUAAAU